AUGGGAAAGCGCAACUUCUACAUCAUCCUCAGUCUGGGAGUAUUUUUGACCGUAUCGCUGUAUUUAUACAAUGGCAUUGAGACUGGAGCAGAAGCGAUAGCCAAACGACAGCAAUAUGUAGACGAUUUACGACGAAAAAUCGGUAACUUGGAGCACGUCGCAGAAGAGAAUGGAAGAACAAUCGAUAGACUGGAGCAGCAAGUUCGGCAAGCGAAGUUUGAGAAGUCUGUAGAUUUUGAUGAAGAAAAGGAAAAAACAGAAGAAAAAGAACAAGUAAGGGAACAAGAAAAAGAAGUUGCACCCGUUCCAGUCCGAGGAAAUCGAGGAGAGUUGGCACAUGUUCAUCAGGUUCAGAAGCAUAUUAGGCCUACUCCACCGAUGGCCGAUGUUUGUGGACUUCGUGAAAAUAUCAGUGCUCCACACUCAGACCUUCAGAUGCUCGAUCUUUACGAUAUAUGGAAAUUUGAGAAUCCAGACGGUGGAGUUUGGAAGCAAGGAUGGAAAAUUGAAUAUGAUUCAGAAAAAGUAAAAUCGAUUCCUCGCCUCGAAGUAGUUGUUAUCCCACACUCUCACUGUGAUCCUGGGUGGAUAAUGACAUUCGAUGAGUACUACAAUCGACAGACACGUAAUAUUCUCGACGGAAUGGCUAAACACCUUGGAGAAAAGGAUGAGAUGCGUUUCAUCUAUGCAGAGAUCUCCUUCUUCGAAACAUGGUGGAGAGAUCAAUCAGAAGAAAUCAGGAAGAAAGUUAAAGGAUACCUGGAGGCUGGAAAAUUGGAAAUUGUCACUGGAGGAUGGGUGAUGACAGAUGAAGCAAAUGCUCACUACUAUUCAAUGGUGACCGAGUUAUUUGAAGGUCACGAAUGGAUUCAGAAUCAUUUGGGAAAAAAAGCAAUUCCAAAGGCUCAUUGGUCAAUUGAUCCAUUCGGUUUGUCUCCAUCUCUCCCUCAUCUUCUCACUUCCGCGAAUAUCACUAAUGCUGUAUUGCAGAGAGUACACUAUUCUGUGAAACGCGAGUUGGCUUUGAAAAAGAAUCUCGAAUUCUAUUGGAGACAGUUAUUCGGAUCAACUGGAUACCCAGAUUUUCGUUCCCACAUUAUGCCAUUCUACUCUUAUGAUAUUCCACAUACUUGUGGACCCGAACCAUCUGUAUGCUGCCAAUUUGAUUUCCGUCGGAUGCCAGAAGGUGGAAAAUCUUGCGAUUGGGGAAUUCCACCUCAGAAGAUUACUGAUGAAAAUGUGGCACAGAGAGCUCAGAUGAUAUAUGAUCAAUACAGGAAAAAAAGUCAACUUUUCAAAAACAGUGUAAUUUUCCAGCCGCUGGGAGAUGAUUUCAGUGCCAAAAUAUUGAUUUACAGAUAUGACAUUGAAUUUGAAUGGAACUCGCAGUAUGAAAACUACAAAAAGCUUUUCGAAUACAUGAAUUCGAAGCCAGAAUGGAAUGUUCAUGCUCAAUUCGGAACACUAUCUGACUACUUUAAAAAGCUCGAUGCUGCGAUUUCUUCUGAAUCCGGAGAGAAGCUUCCAACACUUUCUGGAGACUUCUUCACAUAUGCAGAUAGAGAUGAUCAUUAUUGGAGCGGAUACUUCACAUCUCGUCCAUUCUACAAACAACUCGAUAGAGUUCUUCAACAUUAUCUCCGAUCAGCUGAAAUUGCUUUCAGUCUUGCGAAUGUAGAAGAAGAAGGAAUGAUGGAUGCAAAGGUAUUCGAGAAACUAGUCACUGCUCGCCGAGCACUUUCCCUCUUCCAACACCACGAUGGUGUUACUGGAACUGCCAAGGAUCAUGUCGUUCUGGAUUACGGACAAAAAAUGAUUGAUGCAUUGAAUGCGUGCGAAGAGGUUCUUUCUGAAUCUCUCAUUGUUUUGCUGGGUAUUGAUUCAACUCAAAAAAUGGGAAUGGAUGAAAAACGAGUGAAUGAGAAUCUGCUACCUGAGAAGCGCGUUUACAAAGUUGGACAGAACGUCGUUCUAUUCAACACACUAUCUCGUAAUAGAAAUGAACCCAUUUGUAUUCAAGUGGAUUCUGUGGAUGCCGGGAUUGAGGCAGAUCCUCCUAUCACAAAGCAGCAAAUUUCACCAGUGCUCCAGUAUAAUGAAGAAAUCAAAAAGCUUGUUGUGAAGGAAGGUGUAUUCGAGUUGUGUUUCGCAGUUUCAAUGGGCCCAAUGGAGUCGAUGAGUUUGAAGCUGGUGAAGAGUACUACUACUACCAAGUCUGAAAUUCGCACGCAUUCUGAUCUUAAAUUUGACAGUAAUUUCAAGUCAUCAUCUACAUCUGGUGAUUUUACCGUUGAAAAUGAUAAAGUGAAAGCGGAAUUCGAUGGAGAGAAUGGAAUGAUCAAGAAAGCAACUAGUCUUGUGGAUAACAAAUCAAUUGAACUGAAUUCUCAUUAUGUGCACUACGGAGCAAGAAAAGCGAGGAGAAAGUUUGCGAAUGGGAAUGAAGACAAUCCGGCAGGCGCUUACCUGUUCCUUCCCGAUGGAGAAGCAAGAGAACUCAAGAAACAGGAAUCAGACUGGGUUGUAGUAGAAGGAGACGUUGUUCGAAAAGUGUUCACUACUCCAAUCAAUGACUUGAAAAUUCUUCAAACCUACACACUUUAUCAAGGUCUGCCGUGGAUCGAUUUGGACAAUGAAGUAGACGUUAGAUCUAAGGAGAAUUUCGAAUUGGCCUUGAGAUUCAGUACCUCUGUCAGUAGUGGAGACGAAUUCUUCACGGAUCUCAAUGGAAUGCAAAUGAUUAAACGACGAAGACAGGCGAAACUACCAACACAAGCCAACUUCUAUCCAAUGUCUGCUGGAGUCUACAUUGAGGAUGAGGCCACGAGACUGACAAUCCACUCAGCUCAAGCUCUUGGAGUCAGUAGUCUCUCUUCUGGACAGAUUGAAAUAAUGUUGGAUCGACGGUUGAGUUCAGACGACAAUCGAGGACUUCAACAAGGAGUGAGGGAUAACAAGAGAACGGUUGCUCAUUUUAGAAUUGUCGCUGAGCCAAUGUCUCCUGGUGCAUCAAAUAAAAAGGAAGAAAGAGUUGGAUUCCAUUCUCAUGUCGGUCAUUUAGCCACAUGGUCUCUUCACUAUCCAGUCAUAAAAAUGAUGGGAGAAACGACGCCAAAACCAAUUUCAUCCAAAAAUGUAGAACAGGAAUUGAACUGUGAUUUGCAUAUGGUCACUUUUAGAUCUCUGGCUUCACCAACCACAUACGAAGCUAAUGAACGAUCGACAGCAGCUGAAAAGAAGGCAGCUAUGGUGAUGCAUCGAGUGGUUCCAGAUUGUAGAUCUCGUUUGACACUUCCCAACACUUCUUGUCUAUUAUCUGGAUUGGAAAUUGAACCACUGAAAUUGAUCUCAACACUGAAAUCUGCAAGACAAACAACACUGACAAAUCUGUAUGAGGGCCAGGAGUCGGAAGAAUUCAAGUUACAGCCGAAUGAUGUCUCCAGUAUUCUUGUUUCAUUCUAA